AUGGAAUUUAAUGCGAUUCAGCAAUAUCGCCCAUCACCUAAUAGAUCAUACCCUAUGGGACAAUCUUCGCCUACGCCAGCGACCCAGAUGAUGUAUUCCUAUGGGAAUCUUCCGCUCCAAGCGCAGCAGCAACCACAAACUGUCCAGCAAAUGUCAAGACCAUCUCCACCGCAGCCCACGUGGGCGGUACCACAGACCCACAAUCCGUACUAUUCUAUGCCACAAGGUCCGAUCAUGGGAAGUAGAGAAGAGUCUAGCUAUUUACUGGCAAGGUCAGAUGUUGCUACUUCUCAAUCGCCGGCUCUCAGUAGUACUUCAUUUAGUAAUAGCAUGCAUGGCACUGGAACGCUUGCAACGACUGAUUAUUUUCCAGGUGUCAUCGACACAAGUCCAUGGGGACAGAAAGUAUGUGAAGAGUUGGAGUCUUUUCCCUCCCUAGACGCAGACGUAACAGACUACAAUCAUGGCAUGAUGGGCCAGGAUGAAAACACUCCCAUCAUUGAUCUACGCCAGUAUCCUGGGAUGGGGCGCCAGGAGCAUGAAAACCUCACAAACUUCAAUCCACAGGGUUCUCGUCGAAUGUCUGAAUCUACCUUUUCUAUGUCGAGCACAGGAGGUGGGCUACCCGAGGUAUCAACAUACGAGGAUCUGGGUUCUUCCGAGGCAGUUCCUUAUGCGUCUGAGUAUGAUGCCUGGAGUCACUCGGAUCCAAGCGCAAGCCACCUACUAUCGCCGCUCGCCUCACCACGCAGACCUCAGCACGAAGGCGUCGUUCGAGGAGGAAGUCGUUCCCGCGCAUCGCCGGCACCGCACAAUAACGUCCGGUCUUCACCUUACACACUCGACAGCGGUCGGUUUAAGAGGUGGUCUACCGGGCAUGCGCCGACUUCGACUCCCACAGCCUCACGCACAAUGGCACAGGUUCCGGAUCGCUUCGCACCUUACGGUCCUCGCCUGAAUCCUCAUCACUCCAUGCCAGCAUACCCACCAAGCGCAUACACCAACUUCGGGCUACCAACACAAAACGUGCUUUAUUCACAGCAGCAGCAUCCUCUCCAGUCUAAUAAUCCGACACUAUUUACACCUCAAGAUUCGCAGUAUCAUCUUGAAGUUCCUCGGCCCCUACCGUCACAAGGUCUUUUCCGUCUGCUUCAAAGCAACGCAGACCGUCACGGGGGCGGUUCAUCUCAUUUUGCAGAUCUGUCAGAUCCGCCUGACCUCUACUCCUCCCUGCAUGAAGAAGGCUCAAACCCCCCAGAGUCGGACAUGAAUCCUUCGGAUCCGGAUCUUGUGCCACAUGAGCAAGAUCUUCGCUUCACGGGCGAUUUGUACACCCCACGGUGGGUUCGUGGUCAUGGCAAUAAACGUGAAGGGUGGUGCGGAUUGUGCAAGCCCGGGCGCUGGCUUGUGCUCAAGAACAGCGCGUUUUGGUACGACAAGUCGUUCACGCAUGGCGUCAGUGCAGCCACGGGCGCUGCAUUCCAGGGUCCUCAAGAUACGCGGCGAACAGAAGGAAACCUUGACGUUUGGGAAGGACUUUGUGGCAGUUGCGGUGAGUGGAUAGCGCUGGUCAGCAGCAAGAAGAAAGGGACGACGUGGUUUAGGCAUGCAUACAAGUGCCACACCCAUCCCAAAGUCAAGGACGGACCUAAACGGCGCCGUGAAACCCAAGCUGGACGAGUUCGAGCAGUCUCCUCGGGCUCCGCGACGUCCUCGUCGUACCCUAUCAAGCAAGAGUCAUCAAAAGAUGCAGCCGCUCACCGUCAUUCCACCCCCACGCCAAUCCCAGGUAGCUCGUCCCUGCAGAACUACAGCAUGCCGACCAAUGUGACAUCGUCCACGCCGUAUCCGACUUCAACCCCAACGGCAACACCGCAGAUUACCACAACGAGCUACCCGAGCAACACUGCCUAUCCAACGCCAACAUCCGCCACGCCGACGAUGCACGCGCUUCGAACGCCAACGCAGAGCUCCUUUUCAGACCCCCGCAUGGAGCCCAACUCCACCAAGCACGAGCCGGUCGUGGGCAUGUUCACAACCCCUCUGCAGAGUCUGUCCAGCUUUUCUGGCACGCCGUCUACGUUUUCAAAUACACACAGCCUCUUGCACCAGGUCAGCGAGCCUGAGCUCGUGGGCAUCAGAACGACGACGGCGUCACUCAACUCGAUCGCGAGUAUGAUCUAG